AGCAACUCGCACAGAUGAUUUUUGGAUACAGCACUUGGUACGCCGUUUAAACAAACCAUAAAAUUGGGAGAAACCUAACUUUUGUGGUAUCAAAUAUCGCAUAAAUCACACUGGUUGCAAAAUGAAAGGAAUAUAGUGAUCGAAGUCACCGUGUAAGGUGACUUUACCCAUCCAGUGCAGUGUGCAAGUUGCACAUCAAGCCCGAGACUUUGCAAUCGUAUCCCGAAACUUCAGUUUCAGAUGAGCCCAUAACGUUCAUAACUUUCAUAACGUUAAAGUACAUAUGUUGUGUUGAAUCGGCUCCGAAGAUGGAUUGCAAAGAAGCUAUUUCGAAGGAGCAAGCGGUUAGUCGAAUCGCCCAUAACGACUUCAUUAUAGUCUCCCGUCAAUUGCUGAUCAAUCGAGCCGACACGGAUAAGGACAAACGGAGUGCCAAGAUGCUCAUUAUCUACAACACUGGAACGCAGCACAUCGUCACCUUCAAGCUGCCCAUCCAUGCGUGUACAGUGCAAGAGCUGUUUCUCAAGAUGAACCUUCAUAUCGAGGAUAACAUCGCGAUUGAUUGCAUGGAGAAUGCCGGUGGUAUUAUCCAUUUGGUGGUCUCUGUGGGAUUCGCCAUCGGUGAUACCAUUGCCGAUACGAUUGCCAAGGCGGAGGAGUACUACAAGAAGGUGCAUCAGUCCAGGGCGUCCGCUGUUGAAGAGCCACCAUCUCGUGCCGUUGUCAAGCCAUCGGAGACUUCGGUGGCCAACAAUGGUUGCCAGCCAGCUGCAACCAAAGGCAAGAAGCACAAGAAAAAACAUUGCGCUCCGGGAGACACCAAUGCUGACAAAGUGAUAUCGUCGUCGAAUCAAGACGCCAAUACUCCCACCAAGACCAAGAAACAGAAGAAGCGCCACUCUGCAGAGGACAGCAAUGGUUAUCAAGCUGCUGGAGCUCAAGACAAGCCAGGUUCAUCUGGCAAUAAACAGGGAAAUCAAACCCCUACGGGUAACACCUCAACUUCUCCAAAGAAGAGCAAUGGUCUCCAGGGCGUGCAACCAGCUGGAGAUGCUCUCGCAAGCUCCCAGUCAAUCCAGUCGAAGGACCAAGUCGCACAUGCCACUGUUAGCAAGAAAUCGGAAGAGACAGCUGGUGGAUCUCCAUCGCGGGUGCAACCGAAUGUUGCAUCCAUACCGGCGCCAGCCGAGAAAGCAACUAGUGACACUAUACCCACACCUGCAGAACGCGCAGAGAGGAGUCGCCUGCGCCGGAACCGCAACUGGAUACUAAGCAGGGACUUUGACGAAGAUGUCAUUGUGCUGUUGAGCAGCGAGGAUGAGGAGACCACCGCCGCCGACAAUGGCCAAACAGAGGGAAGACUCUCCGUCGACGAGAAUCCAACGCUUUUCACAUAUCCGCCCACCGGAACCGGUGGCCUGAGCAUCACCAUUAAGGACUUUAUGUGUCUCAAGGAAGGCUCAUAUCUGAACGACAUAAUCAUUGAUUUUUAUCUGCGCUGGCUAAAGAAUAACAUCAUACCAGAGGCUCAGCGCGAUAGGACGCACAUCUUUAGCUCAUUUUUCUACAAGAGAUUGACCACAGAUACGAGUGCCAACAACAAGAAGACGCCGGUGGCCCAGAGGCGUCACGAAAGGGUAAAGAAGUGGACACGAAACGUGAAUAUAUUCGAGAAGGAUUUCAUCAUAAUACCAUUCAACGAUCAGGCCCAUUGGAUACUGGCCAUCAUAUGUUUUCCAUACCUGACGUCUUCCGUGGUUAACCAUGAUGUACAGACACCCGGCGAAGACACUCCAAUCAAACAGCCAUUGAUUCUCAUCUUCGAUUCGUUGGCGGACAGCAAACGCAAUCGAGAUAUGGCCAUAUUGCGGGAUUACCUCAACUUCGAGUACAAGGCAAAGCAUCCGAGACAGCGGGCGCGCAUCUUCAACAGGGAUAAUAUGCCCGGUCUUAUUGUGGAGGUGCCGCAGCAGGAGAAUCUCACCGAUUGCGGCCUCUAUCUGCUGCAGUAUGCGGAGCAAUUCUUCACGAAACCCAUCGUUAACUAUAAGCUGCCCAUUACGGAGCUGAUCGAUUGGUUUGACCUGCUCACAGUAACCAAGAAGCGCGAGGAUAUCGCCAAUCUCAUCCAGAAGCUGAUGAAUGAAGGCAAUCAGCAGGGCAUAACUUUGCCCGUCAUAAAGUUUCCCACACUGAAUGGCAUAAUGGUGAUGGAUGUGGAUGACGAGAAGGAAUGUGACACGGAGGAAGAGAAUCAAACUAUAAACCAAUAUAGUUUUAAAACCAGAGCACCGCCGAAAAGAAGGCAUACACUCAAGUAA